AUGGAUCCUCCCCCCAGCAGGAGGAGAUCUUUGGCGGUCUCUAACUCUUCUCAUUGCAGUGUGGCAAGCCCAGCAACACUUUCAGGAGAUCCUGCAGAUCAUCAUGUCAGACCGUCUGCUGAAGAAUGGUAUCCACGCCUGUACCUUGGCUGGAACCACAAGCUAUGCGUAGAUGUCUAUUGCUACUUCACAGCUCGGCCAUUCCACGCGGAUCUUGAAAUUAAGUGGGCAAUACAUCCUCUUGGCCCCCCGUUCCAUGGAAAGCGCCAAACGAUGUCAUUCGAUCACAUCCUCCAACUCGUUGAUACUCAAAGCAAUUCAGAUGCGGUCAGGGCUGCUAUCGCUCUGGGACUCUCCACAAAAUACCAUGCCCAGGGCAAGUUUAAGGAUGACACGCCGGUCUACAAUCUUAUUGAGCCUACCUCGGAGGAGAUUCUGAUCGCCUGGGAGGAUCACUCACUCGACAUUUCGGAGGAUGACAACACGCAAAGGGUUAAGGAAGCAGUCAUGUCAACUUUCGGGUUCAACAUCAGAACCGAUGAUGUGGAGCUUCUCAUUCAUUUCAGUAGAUUGAAUGACGUUUCCAUUUUCGAAACAAAUACUUGGAGGCAGAUGAUGUGCUUUAAGUGUUGUCCAAAGAAGAAUGCUUCAAGGUCUCCCGCAGCUCUGAUGUCAAGGACGGCGAACUUACGAAAGCGCAAGAAUGAUGAAAUUUCCGAAAGCACUAUCGAGCCCUCUUCCAAGAGAGUAGCCCUAUCAGGUCCAAAAGAGGUUGCAUCAAACGCAGACUUGAAAUCAAGUACAGCUGUAUGUGACAGCCAAGUGCUUGUUGCCCCUGGGCACAGUGAACCAUCACAACCAGCAUCACUAAACACCGAUCCGGUAGCAAAGCGUGGCCAGGCUUCAGAUGCCGCCGAGCAAGGCCAAGAAGCACCAGCCGCUGUAUCAAGCACAAGUCUGGUAGUGGGCACAGGUAUAGAUAUCACCCAAGCUCCGAACUCCCUUGGAGAAACUGAUGUGCCACCCCUGCCUGCUAUUGCAGUCAAUUCAGCGCUCUCUACAAUCCUCACAAUAUCGUCUUGGCUGCGGCUGCUCCCUAGCGCCACAAUCCUAUCUGGAAACACCUGCAGCACGGUGCAGAUAUGGCUGAAGGAUACCUUUGAAAUCGAUGCCGCAUCGGAAGACAUUACCAAGAUGACAGAGUCGGCAAGGGCAGAGAAUAUCUCCCCAUUGCAAACAACUGUUUUCAGAUGCAUGGCUAUUGCUGCCAGGAAAGAUCUGGGAAACAUCUUGAUGAAUCCUCGUGGUCCAACAGGCGUUGAUGUGACCAGAGGUGCAUCACUCCGGGUAGUGUCUGGAAAUAUCGGGGCUGCCGUAAGGAAGGCCUUCGGUGGUGUAGAGGUGACGGCCCAAACGAACUCGACGGAAAUCUCAAAUUACACUUGA